AUGCUAUUCAACUCUCUUGCUGUCUCUCCGCCUCCUGUUAAAAAGUUCACUUGGGAAGAACUUGCAAAACACAAUACACCCGAAGACGCUUUUAUUGCCAUCCGUGGUAAUGUAUACGACAUCACCAAGUUUAUAAAAAAUCAUCCGGGCGGCGAAGAUAUUCUAUUAUUGGCUAUCGGGAAGGACGCCACACAGGCUUUUGAGACCUAUCAUGAAUUAGGAAAGCCUGACAUUAUACUAAAGAAAUAUUAUGUUGGAAUUCUUACAAGUAAUGAAUUGCCUACAUUCCCUGAAAUUAGUGAUUUUCAUCGAACUGUAAAGAAGAGAGUGGAAGAAUACUUUGAGAAAAAUCAGAUUGAUCCAAAGAAUCGAAUAGAUAUUUGGAUUCGGUAUUCUUUUAUAUUCGGUGCAUUUAUAGCAUCAUAUUAUGCCCAAUUUUUUGUUGAAUAUGUUGUUGAUCAGACCUGGCUACAAGUUAUAUGUGCUGCUGUAAUGGGAUUCUCGUUGGCUCAAAUUGGAUUGAAUCAACUGCACGAUGGAACUCACUUUGCCGUCACACAUAACCCUUUAAUUUGGAAACUUUUGGGAGCGACACAUGAUUUCUUUAAUGGAGCAUCCAAUUUAGUUUGGCAAUAUCAACAUAGUCUCGGACAUCAUAUUUACACAAACAUCGAAGGCGCCGAUCCUGAUGUUGUGACUGCCGACCCUGAUAUAAGACGAAUUAAACCUACACAACGAUGGUAUUCUCAUUAUUUAAACCAACAAUUCUUUGUUCCCAUUCUAUAUGGAUUCCUGGCAUUUAAAGUUCGAAUACAAGAUAUCAAUAUUUUAUAUAUUAUGAAAUCUAAUGACAAGAUCCGCGUAAAUCCUCUAAGUCAAUGGCAUACAAUGAUUUUUUGGGGUGGAAAGUUAUUUUUCAUAUUUUAUCGAAUCAUUAUUCCACUUGCUCUUAUUCCAGCGACAAAAGUUUUGACUUUAUUCGUCGUAGCAGAUCUUGUUACUUCUUAUUGGUUAGCUUUGACUUUUCAGGCAAAUCAUGUCGUUGAUGAAGUUGAAUGGCCUCUUCCUGAUGAUAAAGGUUUUAUUAACAAGGAUUGGGCUGAGAUGCAGGUCGUCACCACCCAGGAUUAUGCUCAUGAUUCUUUUUUUUGGACGUCUAUCGUGGGUUCCUUGAAUUAUCAAACUGUUCAUCAUCUUUUUCCGCAAGUUUCUCAACAUCAUUAUCGAGAUAUAACGCCAAUAGUUAAAGCGACUUGCAAAGAAUUUGGAAUCCGAUUUUACUAUAGGGACACUUUUUGGGAUGCAUUUGCAUCACAUAUUAACCAUCUUCGACUGUUGGGAAUUCGGCCAACUGAAAAGAAAAUCAACUAA